AUGGAGCGACAGAACAGCGCCAAGAGCCGCAAAUCCAAAACGCUACGCUCCAUCUCGCGCUCCCUUAUCCUUUGCAACGGUAAGAACAGCGACGAGGGAUCGAGCCCUGAUGAGAAGUACCCCAACCCUUUCGAGACUCAAGCCACCUGGGGUCAUGAGGAAACCGGUCCCUGCCCUCAGCUACAAUUAGCCUGCGCCCCGCCGAGUGACUGCGACCCUCCUGACCCACUUAUGAUCGCUGGCAUGAUGCAGCUGAGAGCUGCCCCCGGUGACAGUGGGAAGAACAUGAAAAGGAAGUUCUUUGUCAAGGAAUCUUCCAUUUGUUCUCGCAGAGAACAGCCUACCAAACUGGACGUGCCGAAUGGUUCCAUUCUACAGACAAAAGCCAAAUGCCAGAGGACCCGCAGCAAUUCAGCCAGUGUGAGUCCAUACUGGAUAGGGGAAAUGGACAAUUCCAUCUCAAAGAAAUCAGCAUCCCGAUACAGACAGGCUCAUUCUCUCUAUACCAACAGGAAGUCACUCUCCCAGCAGUUGGAUUGUUCAACAGGAAAAGCCCCUCCUCUGUCCAGAUCUUCACGAUCGCUAAGUACCGCCCAGCUGAUACACGUCUCGUGUGGCCUGCAGGCCUCCGUCAUCUCCAAUAUUGUUUUAAUGAAAGGCCAAGGAAAGGGGCUGGGAUUCAGCAUCGUCGGAGGAAAAGACAGUAUUUAUGGCCCCAUCGGUAUCUACGUUAAGACUAUCUUUCCUGGAGGGGCGGCCGCUGCAGAUGGACGGCUACAAGAAGGAGAUGAAAUCCUGGAACUGAAUGGAGAAUCCAUGCAUGGCCUGACGCAUUACGAAGCCUUGCAGAAAUUCAAGGCCAAGAAGGGUCUCCUCACACUUACAGUGCGGACAAGCCUCAGCACCCCACACUCAGCAGCCACUUACUUGUCAUCCCAUCUCUGCCGUUCGCUGAGCACCACCACGUGCAUAACGAAAGAAAACAGCUCCUUCGGCUCAGAAAGCGCCACUUUCUCUUUAAAUGCCGCCAAUCCCAACGACAGGAUCAUCAUGGAAGUCUCCUUAAACAAAGAGGCUGGUGUUGGCUUAGGGAUUGGAUUAUGCAAUAUCCCUUAUUUCCAAUGUAUAUCAGGAAUAUUCAUCCACACCCUUUCUCCAGGCUCUGUGGCUCAUAUGGAUGGAAGGCUCAGGUGUGGAGAUGAAAUUGUAGAAAUCAACGAGGCAUCUGUUCAAAGUAUGACGCUCAACGAAGUUCACACAGUCCUGAGCCACUGCAAUCCUGGCACUGUGCAAAUUAUAAUCAGCAGACACCCCGAUCCACAGGUCUCUGAACAGCAGCUGAAAGAAGCCAUUUCACAAGCUGUGGAAAGCAACAAGCUGGAAAGAGAGAGGCCUCAGUGGAGCCCUGAAGGCAUGAAAAGUCUGGAGACAAGUUGGCAUAAGAAACCCCCAUGUGAAAAACACAUGGAGAAGAACCCAGCUUAUUUCAGCCCCCACCCUCAAAAGCUAAUGAUCCGCUCCAGCAGCGACAGCAGUUACAACCCCAGGUCAUCUUGCGGAAAUGGCCUCCCCUACCAACUGCCAGAUUUGAAAGCAAAAGGACAUAGUAUUGAUGUACCCAUUACCAGACAGCCAGGCUCCUUGUCUUCUUCCUCUCGAACCAGCCUGGAGAAGACCUCUCGGCCUGCUCUCAAAGAAGUAGAUCACCUCUCUAUAAAUCCCAAAAGAUCUGCAGAGAUCCUGGUUAGAAAACCGCGAUCGUCAAAACCCAAACCGCCACCAAGGAAGUAUUUCAAACAAGACUGCCUCAAUAAUGAAGGGACUCACAAAGAAGGGAAAGAGAGGCCCAACCAGCAAAGCAAUGGGAGUCCUCCCAAUUCACAGGAAGUAAGAGAGACUCUGCGGCAGAGAAAUAAAACGGUUAAAACCCACGGCUCCUUUGCAAGUUCUUUAGCACCGAGAGCUGCAGAACAGUCCCCUGUACGUUUAGCAGCUGCGGAUCAAGAAAAAAAAACCAACAAAGGCAAGGUUCUCUCGUCAGCCCAAAGACCUGCCCUCAGAAGGCAAGCAAGGGUCGAUUACAGUCUAGAGGCUACCACUGAAGAUCCUUGGGUCAGGAUUUCGGACUGCAUCAAAAGCUUGUUUAACCCCGGCAUGUUGAAAGACGGGUGUUCCUUGAGCUUGCACCCCGACGUCAACACCAAUGAGGGCAGCCAAGCCGCUAUCUGCUCCGAAGUGGUCCUGCAGAGAUCAGACACAGAAGAAGCAGAUCCCAAAGCCCCCAGGUCAUCCGAUGAAGGUGACUUUGUGAAGAAAGGCCCACCAGUAGCGCCUAAACCAACCUGGUUUCGUCAGAGUCUCAAAGGCUUCAAGCCAGGAAGUUCAGAUACAGCAACGCCAGCGAGGCAAAACAACACCGAGCACCAGAGUGUUUCCGACAACGAACUGGGCUCGAAGAUAAGCCGUGCCUCAGCUAGAGGAUUGUCGAUAAAGCAAAGAAUAAGCUCGUUUGAAAGUCUGGGCACGCCACAAUCACCCGAAAAGGGAGACAGAAAACUUAGUCCCAAACUGUCAACCCAAAAUGAAAAAUCUCUCAGUAGAAGGGAGGCCAAAUCUGCCUUGGUACAUCUGAACCAAAUUCCUUCAGGGAACAUGGACCAUCAAGGUUCUGAAAGCUCCUGUCCUCAGUCAUGUCUAGAUCCAAGCCUCCUUGGUUCCUCUUGUUGCUCAAGAGAGAAAUGUAGCCCCACCUCAAAGACCACCAGUAGCACCUUCCCUGAAUUGCCUUUGGACUCACUACCGUUGCAAGGUGCCGAACCCAACUCCCGAGUCACAAAAACACCAAGUCAGAGAGCGCGGAGCUUUCCACUGACCUCUGCCCAGUCCUGUGAAAUGCUGAAGAGCACAGAGGAAAAAUACAGCAAAAUCUAUUCUCUCAGCAGUCACUUCUCUUCGGCUUUGAUGAAAUCCUUGCAUUCCCUUCCUCAGUCUCCGCUGAGUUCCGGGAAAAAUCCGUGGAGGUCACACGAGGGAUUGCUAAAGCCCCACACAGAUGAAAACGGAACCUCUCUCUGUCAUGCAAGUGAAACUCCUUCCUCAGACACCAGCUUCUCUCUCAACCUCUCCGAGCUGAGGGACUUCAAUGUGAAUCUGACAGAGAAGGAGAAAGAGGAAGACAGGCAGAGCGGCAGUUCAUCACAGGCUUUGGGGGCUUCAGGGCAGGCUGUCAUCUCUCUCCUCACCCCUGAAGAACUGAGAAAGCUCAUGGAGGAGGUGAAGACUUUAGAUGAGGCAACGUUAAAACAACUCAGUGACAUUCACGUCACAAUUCUACACAAGGAAGAAGGUGCCGGUCUCGGUUUCAGCCUUGCAGGAGGAGUAGACCUAGAAAACAAAGCCAUUACGGUUCACAGAGUAUUUCCCAGUGGAUUAGCAGCCCAGGAAGGAACCAUUCAGAAAGGAGAUGAAGUCUUAUCCAUCAAUGGGAAGUCUCUCAAGGGCGCUGCUCACAACAAAGCACUGGAGAUCUUAAGAAAGGCUCGGCAUCCGAAGCAGGCAGUGAUUGUCACGAGGAAACCCCAAAAGGGAGAAACAAGCUUCAACGUGUCCAUCGACUCCUCUGCAUCAGAAACGUCAACCGAUUCAACAUCUGAAGACAUAAUCUUCACUGUUACACUGGAGAAGACGUCUGCAGGCUUAGGAUUUAGUUUAGAAGGUGGAAAAGGCUCCAUCCAUGGAGAUAAGCCCAUAACCAUCAACAGGCUUUUUAAAGGGGUAGCAUCGGAACACAACCCCUUGGUUCAGCCAGGAGAUGAAUUACUGCAAGUCCACACAAACAUGAUGCAGGGACUAACCCGUUUUGAAGCAUGGAACAUCAUCAAGACAUUACCCGAUGGACCUGUAACGGCAGUCAUCAAGAGAAAAAAUUCCAGGGCUAGAUCGGCAGAAUCUCUCCGAGGAGAGGAAUAAAUUAAAACAUCCCCAGAACUGCUACUUUAAAAAAAAAACAGGACCUAAAAGCUUGCAUUUAUCUCCAGAGCUUUAGCUGAUCCCACAACCGAUGAUGUAUUAACCUGAAGAGCAAGCUGGUCGAGAAGAGAAGGCGUGUGUACAAAUAGCUCAGUGUUUGUGGUUUCUAUAUUAAUAAAGCAGCUGCUGCAAG